CAAACAACAAUUUGUCCUUAACAACAAAAAGUUCCCUUACGUUUGAGACAGUGAAAUGCUUGGAAUUUAACCGUCAAACCCACUCGCAGCGACGGCAAGAACCUGUGCAGUGGUGAACCUGUUUAGUUGCUGGGAGGCAGUGAGAUUGACAACAUGUGCUGUAGGUUCCGUGUCGACAUUGCAAGAACAUAGCUCAGAUGUUUGUUGUGUUUUAGAUCAAGUUUCUUAAAGUGUCUUUAUAGGUACCUAGCUGCUGCGAAUUGGGGAUACUUUUUGUUAACUCAAAAAGUAAAUUACUUUAUGAAGAAAGCUGCCAAUUUUCACACAUUGAGGGUAUACAUCCUUGGAUGAGCUCAGAAUGGGUAGUGGCACCAGCAGCAGCAAGGUACUAACGGAUGAUCCAGAUAUAGACCCAAUCACCGUCCCUGAUACAGUGAAAGGGUAUAGACCACCUUCACCCCCCAAGUGGAAAAAGAGAGACGUGUUCGAUGUGAAAAAGAGUAAAGAACUUGACAGCCGAGCAAGACAGGUGACAGUUACGGACGACACAACAUUUGAAGCACUGGCUUCUGAUCUGACUCGUGAUCUCAGCACUGACCUGGAGAGAGUCCGGGCCUUGUUUAUCUGGCUGGGUCACCAGGACAUCGAGAAGCAGUUCUACCCAGGGGUCACCGACGGUCGGACACCCCGGGGAUACAUGAAGCUGAUGAAGCUACACAAAGGGUCCUACUCCUCCUUCUUUGCCCUUUUGUGUCGAGCUGCAAACCUACAGUGUGUGAUAGUCAGAGGUCACGUCAAAAGCCUGGGAUAUGAGGUCGGAGAUCAGGACGUCACAAGAUUGAUCGGAAACUGGAACAUCGUCCACGUUGAUGGGUCGUGGCAGAUUGUCCAUCCAUUGUGGGCCUUCACCGGAGUCAUCGGCCAUGACAGUGGAAGAUGGGUCAAAAUAGAGGCAGAUGGCAAAGGGACGAGGGAAAAAGGUCAAGCCAGACAAGGAAUCAGCAUCAAAGACCUGGAUGAAGAUUUCUUCCUCCCACACCCAGAGGAGUUUAUCUAUACCUGCAUGGCCGAGAAAAGAGAAUGGCAGCUUGUCAGUGACACAUGGGACCUUCAUACAUUUUGCAACGUACCUCGUUUUGAGUUCAGAUACUUCACGUCAGGUUACAAACUUAUACGGGAACACAAAUCUAUUCUUCUCUCUGAAAAUGGAAAAUGUGAGCUGGAAUUCGAAGAAAAGAGAGACACCAAAACACAUCUUGCAUACGACCUGUAUUUUGAUGAAGCACUGUCCAAAGAUAAAUUGCCAGAAGGAAUUGAACUGCCACGGUGUGUUUUCCUUGAAACCAACGGGAAACACCUGAGACUAAUUGUUCGAUUCCAUGUGGCAGGGAUAUAUAAACUGUCUAUCAAAUACAACAUCCUGGGGAUUAUAUCUGUACCCAUGGCUGCCUUCAAGCUGGAGGUGAGUGAAAGGUCGGAAAACAAAAACAUGUUUCCAGUGAAUCCUCCUAUUGGAUUUGGUUUUGGUCAGACAGCCAAGGUUAAAGGUUUGGCGGCCCCUUCCCACAAAUCAGGGGUGGUUGUGAUGGAGAAACGCACGAUGCAGACCUUUAACUUCCGGAUGACCACGAGGAUGCAGGUUGUCGCCCGACUGCGCCACAACAAAAUGCAAUCGGAGGAACUGGACCAAUAUGUGGAACAGGAGGUCAAGGACGAAAACGUUAAGGUCAAGGUCACUAUGCCAGAUGAUGGCGACAUUGAAGAGUAUGCUCUCCAGAUUUACACAGGAGAAGAGAGCAAAGACAACAACGUCGUCAACUAUUUGCUGACAAGUAGAAAAGAGGAUUUCGAGAAGAUACAGGAGGACAAAGUCAGGAAGAACCUACAGAUAGCCCUUGGGGGCCACAGGAUCAGCAGACUGGAGAAAGCCAUCAAAGACUUUGAAGUAGCAAAACUCAAAGAUACAAAUGGCUAUCUGCGGAAAGCAAAGCUGAAGAUGGAAAAACUUAGGAAAGAACAGAGAAAGGAAGAGGAGAUAAACUCACUGAAACGGAAUUUAAAGAAAGCACUGAAACAUCGCAGCCUGACGGAUUUGGAGAAGGCGAUUGCUGACGCGGAACGUUCAGGUCACCCAGACCUGGAAGAACUGUUGUUGACAGCCAAGGCCAUGGCCGUGGACUUGGAACAGGAGGAAAUCGAUGGGCAGAAGGCAUCUGACAUCCGAGACCAGUUAAUCAGUGCCACAAAGGCCAGGAAGAAGAAAGGUCUAGAAGCUGCAAUAGCGUCUUUCCAGGAGGCCAACCUACCGGACAGGGGCGAUUUGACAGAAGCCAGAACAGUCCUGCAACAACUCUACGAGGAAGCUGUUGAGAAGGAAAUGUCCAAGCAGAACCUCAAACGUCUGGAGGCAGCCCUGAAUGGUAUUGAAGACAGCGUUGUUGAGCAGGAGCUCAGGAACUCGCAGGUGAUUCAGAAGGCUCAGAGAUUCCUGCAGCAACAGAAGAGGCUCAAAGGGUUCCUUAGUCCAAUCCUGUUAAUGAAGAAUGGGACUGUUGCAGAGAUCCAUGGCUACAGAGACACCAACCCACUGAUCGUCGACGUUAUGAAAGCCACGUUCAUUACAUUGGGAGAAAGUCAGAAUGAACUGGAGAGUUGGAGCGCGAUUCAAAAACAUCUAACGCCAAGUUUAAAAAUACUUCAACGGAUUAAAGCCUUCAACCUGGAGUCACUGCAUUUCCGGACCGCGGACAGAGCCCGGAAGCUGCUUGAUAAGUACACCACUGAUGACGUCAGGGAGGUCAGCGCAGGGCUGGCCACUUUCUACAAAUGGUGCAACAGCAUACUUCAGGAAGCCCCGGCGAGACACGACCAAGACUAGUGACAGAGAUGGAAUGACGUCCACGCCGGCACAACACUAUAUUAUACGAUAUAUCAACCCUACACCUCAUGACCACCGUGAUACACGACCAAGACUAGUGACAGAGAUGGAAUGACGUCCACACCGGCACAACACUAUAUUACCUCGUUAUAUCAACCCUACACCGCAUGGCCACGGCGAGACACAACCAAGACUAGUGACAGAGUUGAAACGACGUCAACACCAGCACAACACUAUAUUACCACGUUAUAUCAACCCUACACCUCAUGACCACGGUGAGACACAACCAAGACUAGUGACAGAGAUGAAACGACGUCAACACCAGCACAACACUAUAUUACCACGUUAUAUCAAUCCUACACCUCAUGGCCACGGUGAGACACGACCAAGACUAGUGACAGAGAUCGAAAAACGUCCACACCGGCACAACACUAUAUUAUACGAUAUAUCAACCCUACACAUCUUGGUCAGUCCCAGAGCCCCGUCCCACAAAGCAUCUUAACACAACGUGACUCUGUUAAAGCUUAAGAGUCAUGAUAGUCGUAGCACUAAGUUAUAUGAAAUGAGGCCUUGAAGAAGUGGGAACCUGUUAGCGUAGUAUAUUUCUGUAAAUAUUCUUUAUAAUCCGUAUACUAUCACCGACAAACAUGGACAACUGCUCGCCAGGCUGCUCUGUGCAGCAAUGGACCUGAUAAUUCCUCUGCAACAAUGGACACCAGUGCUGUUCUGGAUUCAAAUUAGUGAGGUGACAUGCUCUCUUAAAAGAAUCAUUGUGAAAUGAGACUUAAACCCCUUCAUGACAGGCUGGCUCUCUGUACAACCGCCCCCGUGGUCUUGUGGAUAGGGCGUGUGCUCCUAGAGGGAAAGGUCGGGGGUUCGAUCCCCGGCCUCGUCAUACCAACAGACGUAACAGAUGGUACCUCUUCUUACCCCGCCUGGCGCUAUCCAUUAAAACGAGGAGUGGUCGGCUCGGAGUCAGUAUACUGUGUUACACAAGCAGUCAACAACAUAUACACACCCCAUUAAGAACAUUUACACACCCGAUCAACACCAGUUACAGACCCAGUCAAGGACAUUAACAACCCCCAUCAAAAACUUUAAUAUUAACACACACCACCAAGAACACUUACACGCUCAUUCAUCACAAGUUACACACUACAUCAAGAACACUUACACACACCACCAACACCAGUUACACAACCCAUCAAGAACACUUACACACCCCACCAACACCAGUUACACACUACAUCAAGAACACUUACACACCCUACCAACACCAGUUACACACUACAUCAAGAACAAUUACACACACUACCAACACCAGUUACACACUACAUCAAGAACACUUACACACCCUGCCAACACCAGUUACACACCCAUCAAGAACAAUUACACCCCCCACCAACACCAGUUACACACCCAUCAAGAACAAUUACGCACCCCACCAACACCAGUUACACACUACAUCAAGAACAAUUACACACACCACCAACACCAGUUACACACCCGUCAAGAACAAUUACACACCCCACCAACACCAGUUACACACUACAUCAAGAACACUUACACACCCUACCAACACCAGUUACACACUACAUCAAGAACACUUACACACCCUACCAACACCAGUUACACAACCGUCAAGAGCAAUUACACACUCCAGCAAUGACAUUUACAUACUCUAUCAACACCAGUUACACACCCUACCAACACCAGUUACACACCCAUCAAGAACAAUUACACACCCCACCAACACCAGCUACACACCCGUCAAGAGCAAUUACACACUCCAGCAAUGAAAUUUAAAUACUCCAUCAACACCAGUUACACACCCAUCAAGAACAUUUACACACCCCACCAACACCAGUUACACACCCAUCAAGAACAAUCACACACACUACCAACACCAGUUACACACUACAUCAAGAACACUUACACACCCUACCAACACCAGUUACACACCCAUCAAGAACAAUUACACACCCCACCAACACCAGUUACACACCCAUCAAGAACAAUUACACACCCUACCAACACCAGUUACACACCCAUCAAGAACAAUUACACACUCCAGCAAUGACAUUUACAUACUCCAUCAACACUAGCUACACACCCAUCAAGAACAUUUACACACCCCAUCAAGAACAUGAACCCCAUCAAAAACAUUUACACACCCAAUCAACACCAAUUACACACUCAAUCAAGAACUUUUAUGUACCAUGUUAUAUCGAUAUCUAACAUUCAUAUUUUAAUUGCUUUUAUAAAAAUGUUACUUCUAUUAAAGGAGGACUCUGGACAGUGGACACUGAGCACGCAUUGAACUACAUACAGAUCGUAUGGCGGUUCCUGGUAUACGGUGAUAUCAUGUCCUACUUACUGCUUGUAUAGCCUGUGUAAACUCCAGCUUCACUGUGAUACCACUCAUAUGCUGUGACUGUGAUAUGUUUCUAUCUGAACAUUAAAUAAUGUGAAGGGAAA